AUGACACAUUUACAAGAUAUUACGCCCAUCAGUACUACUACUACUACUACUACUACUACUACUACUACUACUACUACUACUACUACUACUACUACUACUACUACUACUACUACUACUACUACUACUACUACUACUACUACUACUACUACUACUACUACUACUACUACUACUACUACUACAACUACUACUACUACUACUACUACUACUACUACUACUACUACUACUACUACUACUACUACUACUACUACUACUACUACUACUACUACUACUACUACUACUACUACUACUACUACUACUACUACUACUACUACUACUACUACUACUACUACUACUACUACUACUACUACUACUACUACUACUACUACUACUACUACUACUACUACUACUACUACUACUACUACUACUACUACUACUACUACUACUACUACUACUACUACUACUACUACUACUACUACUACUACUACUACUACUACUACUACUACUACUACUACUACUACUACUACUACUACUACUACUACUACUACUACUACUACUACUACUACUACUACUACUACUACUACUACUACUACUACUACUACUACUACUACUACUACUACUACUACUACUACUACUACUACUACUACUACUACUACUACUACUACUACUACUACUACUACUACUACUACUACUACUACUACUACUACUACUACUACUACUACUACUACUACUACUACUACUACUACUACUACUACUACUACUACUACUACUACUACUACUACUACUACUACUACUACUACUACUACUACUACUACUACUACUACUACUACUACUACUACUACUACUACUACUACUACUACUACUACUACUACUACUACUACUACUACUACUACUACUACUACUACUACUACUACUACUACUACUACUACUACUACUACUACUACUACUACUACUACUACUACUACUACUACUACUACUACUACUACUACUACUACUACUACUACUACUACUACUACUACUACUACUACUACUACUACUACUACUACUACUACUACUACUACUACUACUACUACUACUACUACUACUACUACUACUACUACUACUACUACUACUACUACUACUACUACUACUACUACUACUACUACUACUACUACUACUACUACUACUACUACUACUACUACUACUACUACUACUACUACUACUACUACUACUACUACUACUACUACUACUACUACUACUACUACUACUACUACUACUACUACUACUACUACUACUACUACUACUACUACUACUACUACUACUACUACUACUACUACUACUACUACUACUACUACUACUACUACUACUACUACUACUACUACUACUACUACUACUACUACUACUACUACUACUACUACUACUACUACUACUACUACUACUACUACUACUACUACUACUACUACUACUACUACUACUACUACUACUACUACUACUACUACUACUACUACUACUACUACUACUACUACUACUACUACUACUACUACUACUACUACUACUACUACUACUACUACUACUACUACUACUACUACUACUACUACUACUACUACUACUACUACUACUACUACUACUACUACUACUACUACUACUACUACUACUACUACUACUACUACUACUACUACUACUACUACUACUACUACUACUACUACUACUACUACUACUACUACUACUACUACUACUACUACUACUACUACUACUACUACUACUACUACUACUACUACUACUACUACUACUACUACUACUACUACUACUACUACUACUACUACUACUACUACUACUACUACUACUACUACUACUACUACUACUACUACUACUACUACUACUACUACUACUACUACUACUACUACUACUACUACUACUACUACUACUACUACUACUACUACUACUACUACUACUACUACUACUACUACUACUACUACUACUACUACUACUACUACUACUACUACUACUACUACUACUACUACUACUACUACUACUACUACUACUACUACUACUACUACUACUACUACUACUACUACUACUACUACUACUACUAAUAAUAAUAAUAAUAAUAAUAAUAAUAAUAAUAAUAAUAAUAAUAAUAAUAAUAAUAAUAAUAGUACGUUAGUUACUAGAUUAGUGGCUGACUUCGAAAAACAUUCUCGAAGACCUAGUUAG